AUGACGAGUGUUGCCAAGGGUUUAGUCGCGGCUGGCCAAUGGGACCAAGCACUGACGGUGUUAAUGGAGAUGGAACAUUUAUGGGACGGUACUUCAGAACCCCAGCCUUCUAGUGUGGUGACCUCUCCUGUGGCAACUGCUGAAGGUAGCAUCAACCGGAGGCUGCCAGCUCUGCCACCGACACCAGAAGAGCAGCCAGCCCCUUCGCCUUCCGUUCCUCCGCCAAUACCCUUAUCAUCGUUAACUGCUUUUGCAGCUCUGACAGAACAUCUUCGGACAUUAACGUUGGAAAUAACGUCUUCUUUAUCAACGGAGCUCGUUUCCGUGCUUCGAGGUGAUAUUUUGGAAUGUAUCAGCUCUGGGACUCCAUCCAAGAAGUUGCACGAAGGCUUUACAGAUCGUUUGCGACCUCUCUUACAAGGCUUGAUACGGACAAACGGCAUUCGCGAAGCAACACUGUCAUGGAGAGAGAUUGCGCUAGACGAAAUUCGUGGGGUUGUGGCAACACAUUUACCGGGGGUAGAUCUAACGGAAGAACAAACAACAGCUGGCGGAGACACUUUGAGGCCGGGACUGGCCAACCACCUCCAAAACAUGCCACAUGCCGAAUUUUUGGUGCUCAUACAAUCUGUCUACAAGAGCUUCCUCAAUGCCGUAGAAGGGCUUCAAGCCCAAUGUGCGGCCUUUGUUCAGGUUCUUGAGACGACGAGCUUCCAGAAUACUGCCGCUCUUCAAGAAGAACUUACGGACAUUCUCAGCUCUGCUGCUGAGCUCUCCAACACGCAAGCCACCAAAUUAAUUAUUAUUCGCGCCGAGCAGCAUGCGAUUCUCAGCCUCUCCAAGUUUUUUGUCUUCUUCAAUGACUCGUGGUCAUUCGUCGUCAAGUUCGUUUCAGCCAUGUUUUUAAUCGCAUUUCCUAACAUGGCGCAGUCAAAGACGUUCCUACAAACUUUCCAUCAGGCUCGAUUGACCCAAUCAGCCAGUCUUGUGGAAAACGAGCAAUGGGAGCAAGUCGACGCGACACAGCCAGUUCAGCAUAUUACUGAUGUUCUGGUUGAAUGCGCUGUAAAAGAUGUGCCCGAACUGUUGGUGUCUGCUACCAUGCCUUCGCAAUCGACCAUGGACAGUCUAGCCCCUGAGAACUCUUCCAAUGGCAUUCCCCCUUCAUCUCCAUCUGCUCCGCCGCCCUCAAAGAAGGCCAAUGGCUCAUCAUCCACGGCUAAAGCCGCAAAGAUUCGUUUGCGGAUCCGAGUCGAGCAGUAG